AUGUAUUUCAAGUAUGCAGCGGCGGCACUGACCGCAGUGCUUCCUCUCACCUCUGCACAGACUUUCUCGGACUGCAACCCCAUGCAGAAGACCUGCGACCCCGUCAAGGGUCUGGACACCAGUACUUAUUCUGUGGAUUUCACCACGGGUGGUGAUGCCAACUUGGCUAAAUGGAAGACCGCUGCCGGAAAGAUUAAUUUUGGAAAUGAUGGCGCCGAGUUCACCAUCAACAAGAAGGGUGAUGCCCCCACUAUCGAUACCGACUUCAAUAUCUUCUACGGUAAAGUCGAAGUUGUCAUGAAGGCUGCGCCUGGAACGGGCAUUGUGAGCAGCAUUGUCCUGGAGUCCGAUGUCCUGGACGAGAUCGACUGGGAAGCACUCGGUGGAGAUACCACUCAAAUCCAGACCAACUACUUUGGUAAGGGCGAUACUUCGUCCUAUGACCGUGCCACCUUUGAGGCCGUGGCCACCCCCCAGAAUACCUUCCACACUUACACCGUUGACUGGCAUGAAAACCAAAUGACCUGGGCUAUCGACGGCAAUGUCGUGCGCACUCUCACCUUUGAUCAGGCCAAGGGCGGCACUCGCUAUCCCCAGACCCCCAUGCGCCUGAGACUUGGCUCCUGGGCUGGUGGAGACCCGGAUAACGCCCCGGGUACUAUUGAGUGGGCUGGAGGCAAAACUGACUACAAUGGUGCUCCCUACACUAUGUACGUCAAGUCCGUUAAGAUCACCAACUACAACCCCGCCGAGUCCUACACCUACACGAACAAGAAUGGCGACUCCGCUAGCAUCAAAAAGGGAGGUGCCAAGAGCCCCGACACUUCAUCGGCUGGCAGCACCAGCAGCACCAACACUCCUUCUACCACCGAGUCUGCCACUGGCUCUGCGACCACAGGUGCUGCUACCACCACAGGUACUACUCUCACAAAGUCCGGCACCAAGCCUAGCGGCUCUCAAACCGAGACGAGCACUGCCGGUUCUAGCUCGGCCACUGGCACUGGUGGCUCUGGCUCCGGCUCCGGCUCGGCCUCCGGUACUGCUGGCUCUGGCAGCCAACCCACGGGGGGUUCUGGCUCUGGUUCCGGCUCUGGUUCCGGCUCCGGCUCCGGUGGUGCUGCUGGUUCUAGCAGUGCUGGCCUCAUUCCCACUGGCAACCCAUCGCCUUCCGGCUCUGUCUCCGGUGCCAGCCCUACCCCUAGCUUGCACCUAGGAGCGGCUACUUCUAUUGUGGGCUCUCCGAUGGUCUUGGCCAUCCUGGCUUUGUCGACCAUCAUGCUGCAGCUGUAA